AUGAAGAAACUCCAAAAUUCAGAGAUAUUUGUAGCUUCCUGGAAUAUCAUUACUCUCUUGGACGGAAAAAACGGACAGGUUGAUCCAAGAAAUGUCUUCAUUUAUGUCUUCACUCAAAAAAAAAGAUAUCAAAGAUAUCAAACCAUGCGACCAAAAUUUUCGAGACAACGCGAGUCCCAGAAUUUGAUAUACCCCCACCCCAUGGAUCCA